AUGGCGUGCGUGAUUGCGGUUCCCCUUGUUUACGACGGAGAUUUCAUGACCUUUGCAUUCAUGAUGUUUGCCAACAGCUUCCUGUAUUCCAUGCACUGGUCGGUUUCCGCUGGACGAAUUCAUGUCUCCGUGGCAAGUCUCCGGUGUUUCUAUGUCUUUGCGUACGCAAUAAUGGUCUUGGCGCACUGGAUGGGUCCGCAGUCAUACGACGCCCACUCAUCGGCCCAUAUGAAGUGCUUGGAGGCUGGACAGUUGGUCUCAAUCCUUGUUUUCGUGGACAGCCGGACCCACACCGUUGGUCAACUCGUAUUGGCUCUCACGGAGGUAUGUCGUCACAUUGUGAACCGCGGUUGGGAGCGAACGGAAUUGACGGCGACCAUCCAUGCGCAGCUUGUGUUUUCAGGGCUACUCAUCAUCGCCGCCAUCGUAUUCGAGCUUAUUCUCCGUGGACGUGUAGCCGCACAAUUUCAACAUGCAGAUGCUGAGUCGUUGGUCUCAAGCUUCCGUACGCUGUUGGGAGGCAUUUGCGAUGCAGAGCUGCUGUUGGAUGACAAGCUUAAAAUUGAAGCGGGCACGGGUUUGAGUCGCAUUCUGCUGUCAGGGAAUGUGUGGGAGGGUGCCGCGUUUGAGGACCUGUUGUCCCAGGACCUUGAGGAGCAGCUGCGUUUCCAAGCUUUCAUGUCGACGGGGGGGCAUGACAGUCAGCCGACACCUGCAACUGCGCCAUGUCUCCGCGUGACUUUUUGCACUGCUCAGCAGCAGAGGGUUGGCGUGGACCUGUACCACGUGCCAGUGCCGCACUUGUAUGGCUGCGAGGAUGCCUAUCAUCUUCUUGCCAUGAAGAUGGAUAUGGAAUCCUCUGCAUUGCCGGAGGCAAUGCCGGCGCAGAUUCCUUCCAUUGCCUCGAGGAGUAUGACGUCCACCAGCAAUGGUCUUCGCUCAAGAGCCUCCUCACGGGCAUCUAGUGCGGCGGAAGGAUCGCUGCUGCCGGGUUUGCCACACUUGAAAGAGCUCAUGCUGGUGGUGGAUCCACAGCAGAGCCACGAAGUAGUGCAGGUUCACAUGCAGUACAAGGAGGGUCGACGGCGACAAGACGAAAGGCCAGCGGUCAACUUGCGGCAGUUCGUGCGGCCAACGGAGUGGCAGACGAUCAGCUCCCAAGUCCAGCAGUUCGCCAAUCGGGGAAGGUCGGGCAACACGCAGAAGGACGACCUGGGUAUGGUGUGGGUCAGGAUGAUCGACAAUCCCGGCAAGCAUCUCGCA